UAUGGACUGUGAGGUGGAAUCUAGGUCUCUUCUGUCUUCCAGCCAAGCCCCAAGCAGGCAGCUACACGGGAGAUGCAGAUGCAGACGCCAGAGACUUCCAUAUGGGCUGCAGUGUCUGCAAUCCAGGCUGCAGACAAGAAGAUGGAUGCUCACACCAUGCACUUACUGCAGCUGGAGGGCAGGAUGGGCUCAGCAGAGAAAAAGCUGAUCAGUUGUGAGAAGACCACGGCGGAAAUGGAGAAACAGCUGGAGAGCAAAUGGGCUGCCUUGGGAACCCUGAUGGAGGAGUAUGGGCAGCUGCAGAGGAGGCUGGAGAAUAUGGAGAACCUGCUCAGGAACCGGAACUUCUGGAUCCUGCGGUUCCCACCAGGCACCAGAGGAGAGACGCCCAAGGUGCCAGUGACCUUCGAUGACAUCUCGGUCCACUUCAACGAGCAGGAAUGGGGUGACCUGGACGAACUGCAGAAGGAUCUUUACAAGACCGUCAUGAAGAGCAACUUUGAGACUUUAGUCUCGCUCGACUACGCCAUUGCCAAGCCUGAAAUCCUGUCCCGGAUGGAGCAAGGACAGGAAGUAUGUGAGAGAAGCCCUGGCGCUCCAGGUGGGGGGAGUGCCCUGCUGGACCUUGGCACAGACUCCCCCGUGGCUCCAGUGGACGUUUCUUUGUGGCUUAAGCAAGAGCUGGAGGAGCGGCCAGCUGGAAAUGCUAGGCCCCCCGAGGAGGCGGGAGAGCUCAGCAGUCCUCCCCACACAGGUGAAGCCUGCAUUUAUGGCACUUCCUGCUCCUACUGGGUUCUCAAGCACGACUGGACGGGCCUGGCUGGAGGCAUGCCGUCCUUUGGGGGGGAGUGCCGGAAGGCUGGCUGGGCUGUCUGCAGCGAGCUCUUUGUGGUGAAGGAGGCGGCAGGCUCCCCUGGGGUUGCAGUGGGCACCUCCACGUGGAUUAAAGAAGAGGUGGAGGAGGUGCUCUUUGACCCGGCGGGGGACUGCAGCGAAGGAGAUCUCCACUGUAGUUCUUCUCUGGUUGACUGUUGUGCUGGGGAGGAAGGCAAGAAGAGCCCUGAUGAGAUUCCUCCUUCCUGGACAGAAUAUCAAGCCGUCACGGUGGAAGACAAUCCUGUAGCUGGACCCCAGGAAAGCGCCUGUUUCCAGGAGCCCCUGUUCCUUGGCGAGGGCCCCAGCACUGGUGUGGCCGCCUUUCUGACCUGGGCUGAUGCCGCUGCGGACCUGGAGCACACGUUGCACGAACAGCACCGAGGGCGUUUCUACAAGAUCAUGGAGGAGAUCUUGUCUACAAAACGGGAGGACAACAACAGCUACAUCAACCGGGACCGAUACCAGACGUUGAUCGAAGAAGUCAAAGAGGCGAAAAGGCUUCGUAGCAAAAAGGGCAAACACUACCGGCGCCUGAGGCGCUUCAGUAUCCUGAACAUUGGGACGGAGGAGAAGCUGGUGGUGCCCGUCUCUCCUGGGCACACGGAAGUUGUGUUCUUUGUUCAGUACGAGGAUUUGUUUGAUAUUCUGCACGAGGCACACAUCACGAUUGGCCACGGAGGCCGGACCAGAAUGUUGAAGGAACUUAGUCGUAGGUACAAAAACGUCACUGCUGAAGCUGUAAUGACUUACUUGAAACUCUGCGAACUUUGCCAGAAAAAGCAGAGCGGACCCAAGAAAGGUUUUGCUGCACGGCCGGCCUUGCCCACUGAAAUGGAUUCUCGUCCUUUUAAUAUUGUUCAUAUAUAAAACAAUGCCAACGGUG